CAGAGUGAAGGGCUUCGAUGCCGCGAGUCCACGAAUCCCUGUGAAAGAUUGUUCUGCCUCCGCGACCAAAUCACGAGGCAAGGAAGCGUUUGUGCUGGGGAAGUGGGUCGUCUCCACUCGCCAGAGGCCCAGAGAUAAGGAAAACGGAGUGGGAGAGAGAGAUGGGGCGGGAGAUCACGGAGAAGACUCAGACCCCGCUUGAGAAGCGGCCGUCGAUUCUAAUGGUCGGUUCCUCGAACGCCGGCAAACAGACUCUCUCUCAAGUAAGGAAAAAUAGAUACACAUGGAGACACACCUUCUGUUUACCACCUUCGCCGUCACAUCUUCAUCAUCAGUUCUUGUUUCUAUCUUUUGGAUUGCUUUCUUUGUUUGAUUUCUCUACUUUUCUCCAUUUGUUGGAAUCUCUCCGUGAUUUGUGUCCACUCUCUGACUCAAUUUUGUUCAUUCCCUUUUCCUAAGUUUUUCUUUGCACAAUUCUUUCUUGAUCCUGUAGAAAAAUAUUGUUUUUUCUAUGCGUCAUAGUUGAUUCAUUUAGUAUAGCUUUAUGGUUCGCUUCUAAACGUGGUGCAUGGGAUCGGGUUGUAAGAGAUCCUACUUUGUUGAAUUGGGAGCUUGCUCUCCUCUUACAUACUGGAAGUCUUUGUUCGUUCCUCUUAGAAAUUGCGUCUCACAAAAUGAAUGCUGGAGAAUUACUGAAAGCCCACUUCUGAGCGGACAUUGAUUAAGAAACUGCAUCUAAAAUAUGUUCCUCAUAGUCAAAACAACAGGUGGACAAUUGAUACGAAAUAUUAUCUAGCAGAUAUUUCCAUAUGCGUGGAACAUCUUGGUGAUAGUUUUCCUGAGAAUUAUUCAUUGACCUACCAGCAGCCAUUGGCACUGGUGAUGGUGUUUGACCAAAGUAAUAUGUCAUCUUUUGUAGCUCUCCAGGAUUGGGUUUCUGUGAACAGUCUCCAAAACUUUGAAAUACUGUUAUGCGUCGGUAACAGGGCAGACCUUGUUCCCAAUCACUUUGCUUUCACUGAAUAUAGAAGGCGCUUGCAAAAGCAGGGGGAGUGCUCCAGUGAUCCACAUCUGGAAUUCCUGGAUUAUGGAAUCCUUGACAAUGAAGGUUGUAGCUUACUUAGUGGAGAUGAAGUAGAAGCAGAUGCGCCUGAGAUCAGAAAGUUGUACAUGGAUUGGUGCAGAGAACACAACAUUGAAUAUGUUGAGGCCUGUGCAGCAAAUGCUGAUUUUGACAAAUAUCAAGUUAUGAGCUUGGGGAGUCUCUGGGGCUGCAGACCUAUUAAUUUGUAUGACUUCUUCGAAGUUGAAGUUGGGAUGAGUGGCUGCUCAUGUCGGAUGCACGAUUGGGUAACUUGAGUUGAUCACUUGUGCGAGAACUGUGAAGAUAAGGAUAUCGUAGGCUCGUGUGGAUAUGUGAUGGUGUAAAAAAGCGUGAGAUAUUUGAACAUUGUAAUAUGCAUUGGAACAUGAAUAUGCACCUAUGGUUUCUACAGUUACAUUA